UCUGGAUCAAAUCUUUGCUUUCUUCUUCACAUCUCUUUCUUUUAAUUUACUUCUCAAACGAUCUCUUCUGCAAUUAAGUUUGGCUGCCCUUUACACUCAUAUCUCACUCCCAGUUUUCGAUCAAGCAAUACAUUUAACUAGCAGCAUUGAUUCAAUCUCAACCCCAGAGCACCCAACAAUUUGCAAGUGAAUUGGCAAAAUGUCAGGGGUGUCCCUAGCUGUGUCUUCAGAUAUGAACCAACAAAAGUCACCAGAACAAAAGCAGGCAGUGGGUAUAAUGGGAUCUCUCCGGGUGAUCGAGCUUCAGUUGGUCGCUUUCAUCAUGGUGUUCUCAGCUAGCGGGCUCGUCCCGCUACUCGAUCUCGUCUUCCCCGCGCUUUCGACCGCUUAUCUACUCCUGUUGUCCCGGGUAGCCUUCCCCUCUCAUGGAAGGACUGCCAAUGGAUCACAGGAGAUCUUUCAAGGGAGUUGGUUGUUCCGCAUUUAUGUGGUGGUUGGCACCACAUUGGGGCUGUUUCUGCCGUUGGCUUAUGUUUUGGGUGGGUUCGCGAGGGGCGAUGAGCACGCGGUCCGAUCCGCCACUCCUCAUCUCUUCCUCCUAUCCUUCCAAAUACUAACUGAGAAUAUCAUAAGCGGUUUGUCCAUCUUCUCACCGCCCGUUCGAGCUCUAGUCCCUUUGCUUUAUACGGUUCGCAGGAUCUUUGUCAUUGUUGAUUGGAUGCAUGAUGUUUGGAUUAACAAGUCAUUACCUGCAAAUGCACAGUUAAAGGAAGUGGCAUGGUUUUGGUUCGGGAGGGUGCUUGCAGCGGCUAACAUGGCCUACUUCUGCAUAAAUCUCUUUGCCUUUUUGAUCCCUCGGUUUCUCCCGAGGGCAUUCGAAAGGUACUUUAAGGAGAGGGACGAGAUUCUUGCCAAGACUUCUGAAGACAAGCGUUCUGCUGCAAUGUCCAAGGCGUCUCAACACGCUGAGAAGGCGGAUUAGUGGUGUAAUUGGCUUUGCAUAUAAUGUCAUUCCUGCUUCCAGACAUCCUGCUUGCUUAUAGUUAUUCUGUUUUAUAUACACAAGUAUAGACUGUUCGAUAUUUAAUGCUUUUAACCUUGUAGUUUGUCUAAUUCAAUAACGGUAUUUGGAAAGAGUGAGCCAGUGAGUGUUGUUAUACACCACUUGUUCCUCAUCUCUUACCUUGUCCCACAAAAAAAUAUGUACAAUGACUUGAUAUUGUGUAUCUUUAUUGGGAGCUUGUAGUAUCCUUCUAAUUAACAUUUUAGUUUUUUUUU